UGUGGCACUCAAGUGUUCUGCACGCAUGGGGAAGCAGAAAGUUGCAGUUGAAUUUAAUAUAUUGCCUUGUUAUCCCAGACUGGUUCAUAUUUAAUGAGCUCCUACUGAACUGCAGAAAAAUGGGCAAGAAGAGUCGAGUGAAAACACAAAAAUCAGGAGGAGGUGGGGCUGCAGCCACUGUUUCCACAAAGGAAGUAAUGAAUCUGAUAACUGAAUUGUUACAGAAAUGUAGUAAUCCUUCCACUGCACCGGGAAAGGAGUGGGAAGAAUAUGUGCAGAUCCGAAGCUUGAUUGAGAAAAUUCGUAAAAAGCAAAAAGGUUUAUCGGUUAUCUUUGAUGGGAACAGAGAAAACCACUUUGAUGAACUACUGCAGUGGGCGGCUGACUGUGGAGCCUCAACUGAAGGUUUUGAAAUUACUUAUUUCCCAGAAGAGGGUUAUGGUUUAAAGGCAACUAAAGACAUUAAGGCAGAAGAACUUUUCCUGUGGAUCCCUCGGAAAAUGCUGAUGACGGUUGAAUCUGCUAAAAAUUCUAUACUAGGACCAGUGUAUUCCCAGGACCGGAUUCUGCAAGCCAUGGGAAAUAUCACCCUAGCAUUUCACCUGCUUUGUGAACGAUUGAACCCUGAUUCCUUCUGGUUGCCCUACAUUAAGACUUUACCUAUGGAGUACCAUACCCCUUUAUACUUUGAAGAGGAAGAAGUACGUUACCUCCAGUCAACACAAGCCAUCCAUGACGUCUUUAGUCAGUAUAAAAACACAGCUCGCCAAUAUGCAUACUUUUAUAAACUCAUCCAGACCCACCCGACUGCGAGUAAGCUGCCCUUGAAGGAAUCCUUCACCUUUGACGACUACAGAUGGGCUGUAUCUUCAGUCAUGACACGCCAGAAUCAAAUUCCAACUGAAGAUGGUUCCCGGGUCACUUUGGCCUUGAUACCCUUGUGGGAUAUGUGCAAUCAUACCAAUGGUUUGAUCACAACUGGAUACAACUUAGAGGAUGACAGAUGUGAAUGUGUGGCUCUACAGGAUUACAAAGCUGAAGACCAGAUCUACAUUUUCUAUGGGACUCGAUCCAAUGCUGAAUUUGUGAUACACAAUGGAUUUUUCUUCAAUAAUAACUCUCACGAUAGAGUGAAGAUAAAACUGGGAGUAAGUAAAAGUGACCGACUCUAUGCAAUGAAAGCAGAAGUUCUGGCACGUGCUGGUAUUCCAACGUCCAGUGUAUUUGCUCUGCAUUGCAGUGAGCCUCCAAUCUCAGCCCAGCUGUUGGCUUUCCUCCGGGUGUUUUCCAUGACUGAAGAUGAAUUGAAAGAACAUCUUGUUCGAGAGCAUGUAAUCGAUAAGAUCUUCACCUUGGGAAACUCUGAUUUCCCCGUAAGCUGGGAUAAUGAAAUUAAACUGUGGACCUUUCUUGAAACCAGGGCUGCACUCCUGUUAAAAACAUAUAAAACUACCACUGAGGAUGAUAAGUCAUUGCUUGAAAAGCCAGAGCUGUCGUACCACAGUAAGAUGGCAAUCCAGCUCCGUACAGCAGAGAAGGAGAUCUUGGAAAAAGCAGUGCAGAGCGCUGCUAUGAAGCGUGAGCACUUUACGGAACUCCGGAACAAGAGCGCACCCCUUCCCAAAUACGAGGAAAGUAACAUAGCCAUGCUAGGGAACACUGUCACAGACUCGAAAAUUCCACUCAUCCUGAGAAAUCUAAACAGUGACGAUGAAGGCGACCAUGAGUUGAAGUUAACAGAAGUACUGGAUGACGGGAUUGCAGGAGAGGAGGGAAUGUUGAACGGAGAGAACACUUUUCCCAACCACACUGAUCCUGAAUGUCAUGAGAACGGUAAACAAGAGAACAAUGCCAAAGAGAAUGGAAAUGCCAAAGAGACUACUGCAGAAAAGAUUGAAUAUAAUGAAAGCUGAAACGGAAGAACAAUCAAAAUAGGAGAGUCUGGUCCUCAUUGCCAGUGUGAAGUGCAGAUGGGAACUCCUAACGUUACACUAGCUGACAAUGCAGCAUAUUUGAUCAUGUCUUUUUAAGGUGAGAAGAGGUGGAGCUGAAGUGGCUUGUCAUGAGAACAUACUUCCUGGUCAAAUUAUAGUUCAUUUAAAAGAAGUGGUCUUAAAUUAGAUUCUGCCCACUGUUGUGUUUCUUCUCAACCUUGGGUGCAGAAUGCAGGGAGGAGUUUGAAUCGUUUCAAGUGCAUUUUCAGCAUCAAAAGUUAAGGAUUUAAGAUUUGUUUUUAAGAGACUUUUUUAGAGCAAAGAAACAUUGCCAGUCAAUUGAAAAGCAAUCAUGAAAAGCUGGUGGAAAAACAAUGCUUGUUCAUUUAAUACCAUGUGCCUGCUGUUUGGUGCACUUGGUGGUCUAAUGUAAUGCUUUUAAACACAAUAGUUAUAUCCUGUUUUUACAUUUACAAGAUUUCAGUUAGAUUGUGGAAUUACAUGCACUGCAGCCCAUCCACUGUGAUCACAUGGCUUUGUUGAAUGUUUUAAAUCAGAUGGUUGUUAUUUCUAGUUUUUUUUUCCAAAAGAAUAUCAAUGGUGAAUGAUUAACCAACUUGUGUGUUGCGGACUGAAUGUCAUGGUUCCAUAUGCCUGCUAGGAAUAUCAUGUUUGCUUCAGGCAUAUUGUAAUCAUUAAACAUUACCACAAGAUGAGGCUGACAUCGAGUUCUUAAGUAUGACUUGCAGAGAAGUUCAUCUUUCUGACUGGGCAAACUAAGACCAUUUAUAACCACAGCUAAAGAACUCGGGAAUCCAUGAAAACUCUAGAGCCUUUGAUAAUGUUGAUCGGUUCAUGGGUUUGGCACCAGUGUCAUCUGCAAACACUUAAGAGAAUUUUGGCUGAUAUUUUCUGUUCCAAUCUAUGACAGUUCAAACUGGUCUGGCAUUUAGUUCCCAUGAGAAAGUUGGUGCCAUGUGUGUGAAUCCCUCGCACAGAUCUAUCUCCACUCCAAAAAAAGGAUUGAGGGCAGAUGGUCGUCAGGUAUUGUUUUAUUCCACAUGAAAAACGGGGAUUCUGUGGGAGCUGACGUUUAUUUUCCUUCAAAAACUGAAGGCCCAGCUUAGCCAUAGGACACCCACCUACAUCUUACAGCCAACUUGUACCCCAAGUUGUUGGUAAUGUAACCCCAUAUUGUAACCAAAGCUGUACAUUUUGUUUUAGAUAACCUUGCUAACUCCACCUGUAUACUAUAGCUUCUGCCAUGGUUAUAUGGGUUAAGAUUAAGUGAAUAAACUGUAGUGACUACUGUGGAGGGGGGAAUAAAUUCUCACUCCUAAUACGUUACAAAGAGAGCGAAGUUUGCAUUGAAUAAAGUUAUAACACUGAUUCUUUAAGUAAAUGUUUCGAUUUUCACCCUUGGGGUUUUGAUAAUUUGCCCAUUUAAUUUCCUCUCUCAAUUUCACAACUCCCUUCACCUCCAAUAAUGUGAAUUGUCAUUAUCUGGUGUUUAACAUAGUCUGGCUCUCAAUUUGUGAGUAGAGCAGUUUUGGAUAUAAAGUUCAGGAUCGGGUAAUGUUAUGGGCAAAUUGCCUUUGGGCAGAUUAAGUAAUGAAGUUCUGAAACACUGCUUUAAGCACCAAUGAUUGUCAUCAAAGCUAAUACUGUUGCAAACAUUUUAAGCUACUUUAGUUCAAAUGAUUGAAAACUUUUCUUCAUACUAAAUUUCCAACCACUGAAAAUUUAUUUCAUUCAGAUUCUUGCCAGGUUCACCUUUUUAAGUUCAGAACCAGUCUGAAUUGAACAAGUGUGGCAAAAAUUUUGGAAAAUAGGAUAAUUGCCCCUUGGAACAUCAAACACAAACUUGUAGGUCAAACCAACAUUUUGAUUACCAUUGCCUGGGAGGCAUUUGUGGAUUUGCAACAUUGAGCUUUGCAUCUUUUUGAGACAUUUGCGUGUUUUGAGAUGGUGACGGUUGUUUUAUCUUUGUUGUGAGCAAAAUUAUACUGUGUUCUGAGAAUCAGACAAACCAUUUUUGGGAGAUAGUAGAACAUUGAAAUGUAAAGAGCUAGCUGCUGGCUUCUUAUUCUACUGUUCAUUUAUUCUCCUCCAUUUGUUCUUUUUGAAUGAGAAUGUUGUAGUUUUAGUAAUUUCUGCAAAACACUCUUUAAUAAUGUACUUGUCAGUAUAGUUCACCUAACCCUUUAAGGACAGGUGAGAGUGUGUAUUUUUAUUUUGGCAAAUUUUAAGUUUCUGAUAUAGAGUGUGGUCAUAGCAACGCUUCUGUCUUGGAAUAUUUUCACAAAUUGAAUGUUUGCACGCCAUCUUCCAAUACCGAGUACAGGUGUCAUGCAUACUGUGUGCUUUAAUUAAAAUGUCAACUACUUGUCGUAUACAGGUGUGGGUUAGCUACUUCUACUCUCAAAAUACCCAAGGAUAUCAAUUACAGUGAAUUGGUAAAGGAUGGCAGUAUUUUCAGUUAAAUGGCUUUGCUUCUCCUUAGGAAAUCAUGGCUGCAUUUAUAUAUGAAUGUGAUUGCUUUGUCAAAUGAUUUUUUUUAAACUGAAGACUCACCUUCCAAAGAUGAUGAUUAGAGUGCACUUUGUUUUUGAGAAUAUAUAUCUUCCAUUUGCUACUCAUUUAAUUUGCAAUUUUAUGACUCCCGUCUUUUGACUCCUCUCCAUUGCAGAAUCUUUUGUUUAAGUUUGUAAACCACAGCCCAAGGGGAAAUCUUUAGGGCAGAAAUAAAUGCAGACUGUUGCAUACAACCUAAAUUUCAUUGUGUAGUUGUAUUCUGUUUCAAAAGGUGGUGGUGGGGGGGGGGGAGAGUCAGUUAUCGAACCUUGUCACUUUAAGAAUGUAGUGUAUUGUAGCACCAAGUAUUAACUUGAAUGGGAAGCUUUCUCAUAAAUGGAUGGCUGCUCCUAGUGGAAUUCGGCUGCAAGUACCUUAAGUUGCUGCUUAAGAACAUAAGCUUACUUUGCCACUCAGGAACAUCGUGGUUGAUGUGAUCUUUAACCAAAUCCUUUCCCCACCCAUAACCCUUGAUUCCUCUGCAGUCUUCAAUUAUCCAACUCUAUCCUGAAAGUAUCUCAGGACUUCACAUUCACAGCUCGUUUGCAUAGUAAAUUCCACAGUCUUACAGCUCUCAGAGAACAAAUUCCUCCUCACAUUUAAGUGGUCCUGAAAACUUUGUUCAUAUUUCAAAAUUCCCACCCAAGGGAAUGUUCUCAAAACAUCCAUCUUCCAAAGCCCCUUCAGAGUCUUGCACGUGCCAAUGAGGCUUUAAAACUUUUAAUGUCUUAUUAUGCAGUGAAGAGAAUACAGGCAAAUUGCUUUAAAAGGCGUGUGUCAAGUCAGGUACAGAUACAGGACAGUUUAACUGAAGGGACGUGGAGGGCACUGUCAGAUGGUCUUUCUGUGCUACAUUAUUAUGCAGCAUGGAGCAGUACACUUGAUAGGUAAUUCCUGACUGUGAGUGAAGGGUAGUGUUCUUCCAAAUUAUAAAAUGUGUUAAUCUGAAAAUAUAAGGUAAACAAGUAAAUACCAAUCUCUCUGAUAUUGAUGUUGGUCCCAAGUCAUCAGAGUCUCAAACCAUAGUUAAAAAAAAACAUUUUUUCCCUUUCCCCAUUUAUUCUUAUAAGACCAUAAAACAUAGGGCAGAAUUAUGCUAUUCAGCCCAUUGAGUCUGCUCUGCCAUUCCAUAAUGCCUGAUCCAUCGUCCUCAUAACCUUUGACGUUCUGACUAAUCAAAAACCUAUCAAUCUCCAAUGACUUGACUUCCACAGCUGUCUGUGGCAAUGAAUUCUACCGAUUCACCACCCUGACUGAAGAAAUUCUUCAAAGUUGCUGGUGAACGCAGCAGGCCAG